ACCAGCUACGCAAUUGGAGUCCAUAUACAGUCCGACUAUGAAUACCAUAGAUAAAGUUUAAUAGCUAUUAGUAAUAAACAUUUUCUUAUUGUUUAGUGAUAGUCAAUAAUUUGUGCACACAAUGGAUAACGAUACAAUGGAUACAAAUAGUGUACAUAAUUCUUCAGAUAAAGCAGUGGCUCUAGUAGAACGAAAUAUUAUGCCACAAGGUUUGUUGUUGGUCGAUGCAGAUGCCGUAGCUAAAUCAAGCCAACAAGAUUUGAUGAUAUUAGCAGCAGAAAUUCAAAAGGCUGACGGGUAUAUAAAAGCCAAUACAUGUAAUAAGUUACAAGUGAUCGCAGAACAGAUAAGAUUUCUGCAGAAACAAGCUGAAAGCAUUUUAUUAGAAGCAGAACGAAAUGCGAAAUUGCAUCACGCAGCAUGUAAUUUCGUAAAGCAACCUGGUCACGUGUAUCAUUUAUAUCAACGAGAAUCAGGGCAAUUUUAUUUUUCCAUGCUUAGUCCACAGGAGUGGGGCGAUUCCGUGCCAUCGCAGUGUUAUAAAGGUUCCUUCAGAUUGGAGCACGACCGAUCGUGGACCCCACUAUCUCAAUUGCAGGCAAAGGACAAUGGACUUGAUAUAUUUAAAAAAUUUUUACCUCCUGAUACGAGUGCAAAUGCCUUAUUGCAGUCCGUCAUAUUGAAUACUAACACAUAAUAAAUUUAUCAUUAUAAGUAUUACACAAUUAUGAAAAAUGCAAAUCAAGGAUGUUGUUAUUGAAGAAUUUUGAAGAAAGAUCGUAACAAUUGGUCUAAUCUAAGUCAAACGUCUUUGUUCUAUAAUUUAACAAGCUAAUUUAUUGCGCGACAAUGUCAAGCUAUUUAAAAUUUUCAAUUGAUAUACAGACUAUCAAUUCUUAUUCACUUAAAGGAUGUAUCUACAAAUGCACUUUGUAUAUAAAUAUAGAGUAGAGAGAAAUACAACAGCCAAUGUACUUGUU